AACGGGAAACUGGGGACCGUCCAGACGGUGGGCAACCUCUACCGGUCCGUCUGGCCCCAACAAACAGACAGGUUAUGGGAAAUCAGCAUGAACUCCAACCAGCCCUCACACUGAAGGUCACGGGUCAGAGUACCAUUGCCUUCAUUUAUGACUUUGUGGAGACCUUCGAGGGACCUCACCCAGGAUAUGCCCUCAUCUCUGGCCGUCCAAAAACAGGUAUGCCUGCCAUGCUGUUGGUAUCAGUGUUGGGCAGAAAGGGCCCAGCCUCUGUAAAGGUGGCCAACGUUGCCUUGGUGACAGUGUCAGGGUCAGAGGUCGUAGGCGGGGCCCUGGAAGACAUGGGCAACGGGGACUUCCUAGUUACGGUAACCAAGGUCCCUGCGGGGGAGUUUGUGGUGCUGUUGAACGGGACAGACGUGGUCUCCUCCACCGUGUUCCAGAGACAGUCCACCACUCAGAUGUCRGUCUCCAAGGUUACCAUCAAGGCCGUGGUGGACAGAAGCAUGGAGCCUGGUAAACCCUUCACCCUUCCCUUCACCGUCAUGACCGACGCCACUGGAGGCAGCUACAAAAUCAGUGCCAGAAACGACAGAGACUUCAAAAUGAAUGUCCCUGGCAGCAUCGCUGUGACCACUGGAGGAAACGCCACCGGUGAACUGACCAUCACGGUGCCCGCCAACACACCAUCAGGAACAGACGUCACCCUGACCAUCGAGGCUGUGGCCCCCGGGGCGUCCGACUCCAACUACGCCGUCCUGCGCCUCUCUGUCGUCACCAAGGUGACAGAUUUCACCCCUCCCCAGUGUGAGGUGGUCAGCGUCUCGGUGGUCGACUGCCCAGCUGACCCAGCAGCCUGCAGCUCCGCCUUCUGGCAGCUCUCUGCCAACCUGACCGAUGGCGUAAACGGCACGGGCAUCGCCAGCCUCAAACACCGCCAGGGAGCGGGUAACCUCACCCACACGGACCUGAAGCAGACGGUUGUUGCAGCAGCGUUCAACGCUUCGUGCUGCUCUCUGACAGUGGAGCUGGUGGCGGUGGACAAGGCCAUGAAUGUCGGCACCUGUCGYUUUUCCAUCGUCCGCAYRGCGGGACCGCCCUCCCUUGCCCUGUCCCUCCCACUGUUGGUGUGUCUGCUGGUCUCUGCCCUCUUCACUACGUCCCUCAGAGACUUACUUAUCUGAUCUAAUCCUGCAUUAAUAACCAAGUGGGAAGGUGGAAAUUACCCGUUGUGAAGUUGUAAAUACCUGUUGGAUUCAUUCACGUGCUUUGAWCUCGUUGAGAAACGCAAAUUGGUUAACAAGCUACUUUAACCAUAAACUAAAAGUACAGCUUUCAUGCUUUUAAACAAAUUAUAGUGUUCAAAAACCAUUUUAAUAAUAAUGUUUUGUUGUUGCAUUUAACUACUGGACAUGAUGUUAUUGAGUUAAUAUCCUUAGUAGGUGACGUUAGAGGUCAACAUGUGGGGGAAGAUGUUGCUCAGGGAAGAUAGACUAGUAGUUACCAGUUGGAGGGGCAUUCAAGCGGAUUUUCCCAGUCGUAUGUGGUAAAUACCACCUUCCCACGUGGUUGUGAACGCAGGGUAUGGCUCAUGUAUUGACUGCCUGACCAAUGCUGCCUCUUGAAGUUAAAAGGUUACGCUCCAGGCCGACUACAUCGCAGACAUUGCAUUGCAUCAACAAUGGUUCGUGUGACAAAGCCAACAUUUAAAUGAAUGUCACUUUAAAAACUGCCAGCAGUACUCUCUCUCUGUGCACUUUCUCAACAUGUUAUUUGCACUGUAAGAUUGAUGUUUAAUUUUUGUAAGUCUCCAGUUACAUCUCUGUCAUGAAUAAAAAGCUACUGUGUGAAUGAC